AUGGUCGCCGUCAAGAGCGCCGCUUCUACCGCGCUAACCCUCUACGGCGCCGUGCCCAGACCCGACCAGGGCAACAAACAGGGUCGCGCCAUCCGCGUCACUACCAACUUGUUCGCUGCGCAGCUCAACGCCAAGCUCCACGACAACGUUCAGCAACUCGCCGUCGACAUCACUCCCAUCGAAGAUCCUGACGCGCCUCGUCGACCCGGUGGUAGGGGCGGUGACGACAAACUUCCGCCUCGUCUGCUUCGUGACAUACUCCCUCACGGUUUGCGUCAAGCCGCUCGCGAUCAGACUCUCGGCAUCACCGACGCCUUCGCAGAGUCCGUGUGCUACGAUGGCAAGGCGCUUGCCUACUCGCACAUCCGCGCCCCGGCCGACACCCUCGAGUGGGAGACCGUGCUCCCUCCCAAGCAGGACCUACCCCCCAUCCCGGGCGCUCCCGGUGCUGUCGCUACUCGCGGUCCUCCUCCUCCCGCCGGUGCCGGCGCUGGUCGAGGCGAGCGGCGCUUCAAGAUCAAGCUGACCCACGCUCGCGACAUCGAUUUCGGUCUCGUCCUCGAAGCCUGCCGUGGUGAUAGGCGCGCCAUCAUGGCUCGCGCUGCCAACCCCUCCGAGAUGAUUCAAGAUGGCAUCCAGGCGCUCGACAUCGUGCUGCGCAACAGCCUUCACGGACGAUACAUGUCCGGCACCUCGCAGGCCGCUGCCCGCAAGUUCUUCGAUCCAUCUAAGGCCAUCCCGAUCUCGCAGGGCGCCGAAAUCAUCCCCGGCUUUUUCCAGUCGGCUCGUCCUUGCGCCGCGGGUCUCGUCAUCAACCUUGAUCCUUCCUUCUCGCCCUUCGUCGCGAGCGGACCUCUCAUCGAAGUCGUCGCUAAGACGUUCAGCUCGGGUGGCGGCGGCGGCGGCUUUGGAGGCGAUCGUGGCGGCCGUGGUGGUCGUGGUGGGUUCCGAGGUGGACGUGGUGGACGUGGCGGCUAUGGUGGCGGUGGCGGACCCUCCGGCGGUCCGAUGAGCAUCACCGUGAUCACGCAGCAAGACCAGCGCGAGCUCCGCAAGCGAUUCAAGAACAUCGAGAUUCGCGUCACCCACCGUGCGACCAACAAGCUCGAGUCAUUCCAGGGCUUCACUCCUCGCUCCGCCGCCGAGACCGAGUUCACCACCAAGGACGGCAAGACGUACACCAUCGUACAAUACUUCCUCGAAAAGUACAACAUCCGCCUUCGCCACCCGAACCUUCCCUGCGCGCGCAUCGGUUCGCAAAAGAACGCAGUUCCGAUGGAGUUCUGCAUCGUCGUUCCUAAGGGCCCCAUCCCGGCAACCAGCUUGACGUCCACUCAGUCCGCCGACCAAAUCAAGCAGUCGGCCAUGCGCCCCGACGUUCGGAAGCGCCGUGUCGACGAGAUCCGUCGAGAGGUCGGCUACGAGACUGACCCUAUGCUCCGCCGCUGGGGCAUCACCGUCAGCCAGCAACCGCUCGAGGCCGAGGCCCGCGUCAUCGCGCCCCCCGAGGUGUCCUACGCUCAAGGCUCGCAGAAGCCUCGCGUCCAGUUCGGCUCGUGGAACCUCGUCAACACCAGGUUCGUCAAGGCCGGCACACCCCUCCUCACCUGGGCCGUGCUCGACUACACCGGGGCGCCGCUCCAGGCCGUCCAGCACUUCAUCGGCGUUCAGGUUGAGGCGCUCAGGAGACUCGGCAUCCGUGUCAUCAACGAAGCGCCUGAGAUCCUCAAGUGCCGUCCCGAUCCGUACAACAUCAGGAACGAUAUGACGCAGGUCGGCAAGACCGCCUACGCCGCAGCCAAGCGCUUCAACAAGGCGCCUCCUGCGCCUCAGCUCUUCAUGGUGAUGAUUGAGCAUCAGGACCAGUCGUUCUACAACUCGGUCAAGAAGGCCGCCGCUCUCGAUCUCACGACCCCGGUCGCCACCCAAUGCAUCAACAUUCGCAAGGGCUUCAGCGACCGCGGCCAGCCACAGUACGUGGCCAACGUCUCGAUGAAGAUCAACGUCAAGCUCGGCGGUACCAAUCACGUCGUCUCCAGUGAGCGAGACCUUCCUCGGUUCGGCAACCAGACGAUGCUCAUCGGCGCCGACGUCACCCAUCCCGGCCCAGGCUCGGACCGCCCUUCGAUUGCCGGCUCCGUCGCCACCGUGGACGGAGGAGCCAAAGGAUACUCUUUCGAGCUGCGAACGCAGACCAAUCCUCGCGGCGGCGCCGCCCAGGAAGUCAUGCUUCACUCGAAGGGCAUGAUGCUCGGUCACCUUAGGAAAUGGCAGAGUCAGAACCAGGACCGUCUGCCCGACUCGAUCGUCUUCUUCCGCGAUGGUGUCUCCGAAGGUCAGUACCAGUCCGUCCUCGACCACGAGCUCGCUGCGAUCAAGCAAGCCAGCCGGGAGAUCCGACCCGACGCGAACAUCAAAGUCACCUUCGUGGUCUGCGGCAAGGGCCACCACGUCAGGUUCUUCGCUCAGAACCAGGCCGACAACGAUCGCUCGGGCAAUCUUCCUGCCGGUACCUGCGUAGACAACCAGAUCGUCUCUCCCUUCGGCUUCGAUUUCUAUCUGCAGUCCCAGGCUGGUCUCGUCGGUACUGCUCGUCCAUGCCACUACGUCGUCCUCCGAAACGAGAUGGAGUUUUCCAGCGAGAACCUCAUCCGAUGCAUCAACAGUCUUUGCUACACGUACUGCCGCGCUACUCGCUCCGUGUCCCUGGUUCCCCCUGCGUACUAUGCCGACAUCCUCUGCGAGAAGGCUCGUGCCUUUGUCUAUGGUCCCGAUGACGACGCCGAAACGGUCACAUCCUCGCAAUCAGGCGAGCGCGCCAUCGCAGAGAUCACCGAGGAGGAGUCGAGAAGGAUGAUGGCGCACUUCAUCAAGAACCCGGCCUUCACCGAUUGCUUGUGGUACAUGUAG